CACAUCCGAUAUGGUUUGAUGUACCUCUUUCUCUCUCAUACCACGAUGAAGGAUUCGGAAAGUCUCCUCAAGAAUGUUUAUGAUUCACAUGUCCUCUACAAUAAUAUUAUACGCAAUUGGUUCCAAAGCUUCGAGAAGGACGACUUUUCUCUCGAAGACUCUGAAACCCCAUAAAUUGGAUUUGGACACGUUGCAGAAAGCCGUGGCAACGGAUCCUUUCCAAGCCACCCGUGAGCUGUCAACCAUACUUGGAUCCCGUCAAACCAACAUCGUACGGGGCUGGGAAGCUCUUGGAAUAGAGAAACUUAUGGGUCGAUUCAUACCUCACACCUUGACACAAGCGAACCUUGAUUUUUUAGUGGGUGAUUCCUUUUCCCUCCUCAUUUCCCACGGGGCCGAUCGAUGGUUGGGCCGACUCAUUACUGGUAACGAUAAGUGGGUCCUCUACGAUAACAACCACAACCGUGCCCAGUGGAUUGGAGAAGGAGAGACCCCACAGGAUCCCGCCAAACCCGACCUUCACCCCAAAAAAGGCAUGCUCUCAGUGAGGUGGGGAGUGUAUGGCUCCAUUUACUGGGAACUGCUACCUGAGGGUAAAUUAAUUUGUGGGGACAUCUACGUUAUCUAACCAUGAAACCUGAAGAAAGUCAUCGACCGUUCACCCCUGAAGGACAAGCAACUCUAUUUUCAGCAAAAAAACGCUAGUCCCCACCUCUCGAAACAAGUAUAGUAGGAACAGACCAGCCAUGGAUGGAUGGCUCCCCUUUACCCACCGUAUUCUCCAGACCUCACCCCAUCUGAAUACUGACCGUUUUCAGAUAUGACCCGUGUCCACGAGCGGAGAAUCUUCAAUACCCAUAAAAGUGCCAAUGUGGCACUCAAGCAUUAUUUGGACUCGCGCCCGGAAGGGUUCUGUUCCAACCUAAUAUAUAACGGUCCAAC